CCUCGAUUUUCAUUCAUUUCCUUUUUUCUUCUUUCUUUCAUCAAUCCUUCAUUCUUUCUGCUGCUUUCUUUCUUCCCUGUAUUAUUUCAUGAUCUUGACUUGAUCACAGCACGUCUUAAAACCCCGGUUUCUUAACGGCCAAGCUUAAAAUAGCUGUUUACUGGUCGCAUUCUCCACAGUCGAAGACACCAUCGAGCAUCCUUACCCCCCAAAAUGGCGGCGCCGACCUCGAAUUCCGCAUCCAUUCGGGUGGCUCUCGAAGGCUGCGGCCAUGGCUGUCUUCAUGACAUUUACGCAUCGGUUGAAAAGUCUGCUGAGCUGAAAGGCUGGGACGGCGUAGACUUGCUUGUCAUUGGAGGAGACUUCCAGGCAGUUCGCAAUUCAAAUGAUAUGGCUUGCAUGUCGGUCCCGCAGAAGUACAAAGAACUGGGUGAUUUUCACGAGUACUACAGCGGGAAACGCACUGCGCCCUACCUAACUAUCUUUAUUGGUGGCAACCAUGAGGCUGGUAACCAUCUGUUCGAGCUGCAUUAUGGCGGCUGGGUUGCACCGAACAUCUACUACAUGGGUGCGGCAAAUGUCAUCCGUUGUGGCCCUCUUCGUAUCUCUGGUAUGUCCGGGAUUUGGAAGGGAUAUGACUACAGAAAACCUCAUUUUGAGAGACUUCCCUACAAUCGCGACGACAUCCAGAGCAUUUAUCAUGUCAGGGAACUUGACGUUCGCAAGCUGCUCCAAAUCCGUACUCAGGUUGAUCUGGGUCUCUCGCACGACUGGCCGAAGCAAAUUGAGCUUUCCGGCGAUUACGAAACAUUGUUCAGGACCAAGAAAGGAUUCCGUCAAGACUCUCUGGAAGGAAAACUAGGAAACCAGGCGGCCAAAUACGUCCUUGACCGCUUGCGUCCGGCGUAUUGGUUUUCUGCCCAUCUGCAUGUGCGGUUUGUUGCGUCCGUCCAGCAUGGGGACUACGUGAUUCCCGGAAAUCCCGUCAAACGGCAGGCAAAUAGUCCCCUGCAGACUAGCCUGCAGGCUCCAACUGUUUCGUAUCCGUUUGGACUGGAUGGCUCGAUGUCCUCCCUUUUGACGUUCGACGAGGGGGUGGAUCCUCGCUCGCGCCGAGCACAGCAGGACAUAGGAAAUGUUCCUGCCGAACCAUCCACCGAACAAAACCAGGAAGCAUCGGUGGAAGAGACUCCCUCCAAGCCACAGCCAGAGCCUAUCGUCGUGCCUGAAGAAGCUGCAGAGCCUACAGGGCCACAGGAAGCGGCCGGCACUCAAGACCACGCUGGGGAUGAGCAGACUCGGAUCUCGGCAUGGAAUGAUUUUCACACCGUUGCUGCUAAAAGCGAAGCCGCUGAAAAUGUUCGUUACUUACAGGGGCAAGAUCAUAGUCAAGGACUUCCUUCGCCCGACGUGGAACACAACUUGACCUGGCGCAAAAUCAAUGUUGACGAGAACGGAACCGGCAGAACCCUGGCUAGUAUUGAACAAAAUGGCAACACGAGGAUUCCUGGAAGUAAGAAGCAGAAGGUUGAACAUGAAUCAGUGAAAAAUGCCGAUGAGAUCGAUCUGGACCUGGACAGUGAUUCCGAGAAGGAAACUCCCAGCAAUGCCGGUGCCAGGGUCGAAACCGAAGCCGCACCGAAACCAUCCAAGGUGGAUGCCGCUGAUCAGCUCGAUAAGAAGGUUUCCUCCAGCCAAUCUCAAGCCCCUCAGGCGAACGAUACCGACGUUUCUCAGGAAUUACGCAGCCAAUUGCCCGCCAGUUUUGCCCGUCCUCAACCCGAACCCCAACCCGCCCAGGUCAAUGACCCUCUUCCGGAUGCCAUCUCCAAUAAAACCACUCACUUCCUCGCACUGGACAAGUGUGUUCCACAGCGAGAUUUCCUCCAACUAGUGGAAUUCCAAACAAUUUCGGAUCUUGAGGGGGCCCAGUGUGAGCGUCCUUAUCGCCUGCAGUAUGACAAGGAGUGGCUUGCCAUCACUCGUGUGUUUGACGACCAUCUUAUUCUGGGAGACCCCCAAGUCAAGAUCCCAUCAGACAAGGGGGACGCUUUUUACAAAUCACAAAUCAUAGAGGCUGAAAAAUGGAUUGAGGAGCAUGUCGUGAAGCCAGGCAAGAUGACGAUCCCGGAGAACUUCGAGCCUACUGCACCUGUCUAUGACCCUAGCAUUCCUAUCACCACCGAGCAGAUGCCGCUCGAAUACACCAAUCCGCAAACUUCUCAAUUCUGCGAGCUUAUUGGCAUUGAGAACAAAUUCCACAUGAGCGACGAGGAGCGCCAGGCACGUAUGGCUGCGCCCCGUCCCUCUGAGCCCAGAGGACGUUUUCCUCGUCGCGGCGGCGGUUUCGGGCAUGGACGUGGUCGAGGUGGACGAGGUCGCGGAGGACGUGGCGGUCGCUACUAAUGCCUUUUACGAUGUCUCAAUCCAGACAUCAGAAUAAGCCUAAUGAUUCACGCCACCUUGUCUCCUUUUGUUUUGUUUUUCUACGCUACGGGUUCUGCGGGCGCGAUGGGAGAAUGGGUGCAAUGAAAGUAAGCAUUCGUUCGAACAGAAACAAGCGAAUUGCCAGCUUGCAUUUACGAUUGAGAUGGAUUUGAUCUUUAUGAGCACCCGGUCGGCGGGAUAUCCCAUCUGUUUCGUGGACUCGCAUUUUUCGCAUUUCUCGCCUCGAUCUCCGAUCAUGUUUUAAUAAAAGUACAAGUGCCUGGGG